AUGACCACCAACCCUCCUGGGGAUGAGCUCAAAAAGCGAAGCGUUGACGCAUCUAACGGGGUUGACACACCUGCUCCCACCUCCACCGUAGCGAACGGAGAAGUGGACUCGGAUGACGACGCUGAAGAAAAUGCACCAGAAGUAGCUGCCAGUGAAGGGACCGCAAAGAAAAAGAAGCCCAGAAAGAAGAAGCCCAAGAAGAAGAAGAAGGUCCAGACCGACCCUCCAUCGGUUCCUAUAUCCCAACUCUUCCCAAACAACAGCUACCCCAAGGGCGAAGAGGUCGAAUAUAAGGAUGAGAAUCAGUAUCGCACUACUAACGAGGAGAAGCGAUAUUUAGAUAAUCUCAACAGCGACUUUCUCUCCGAUUACCGUCAAGCAGCUGAGGCACAUCGUCAGGUCCGCCAGUGGGCACAGAAAAGUAUCAAGCCAGGCCAAACACUCCUCGAGAUCGCCAACGGUAUCGAGGAUAGCGCGCGUCGUUUAGUAGGGCACGAUGGCUUAACUGAAGGCGACUCUUUAAUUGCCGGCAUGGGUUUUCCCACUGGCUUGAACAUCGAUAAUAUAGUCGCCCACUAUAGCCCAAACGCAGGUUGUAAGACUAUACUCAGACAGGACAAUGUUUUAAAGGUCGAUAUCGGUAUCCAUGUAGGUGGGCGGAUUGUAGACAGCGCCUUUACAAUGGCGUUCAAUCCUAUGUAUAACAACCUGCUCGCAGCCGUCAAGGAUGCAACGAAUACUGGUGUCCGUGAAGCUGGAAUCGAUGUUCGUGUUGGAGAAUUGGGGGGGUAUAUCCAGGAGGCUAUGGAAAGCUACGAGUGCGAAAUCAACGGGACUACCUACCCGAUCAAGGCGAUUCGCAACUUGUGUGGUCAUACUAUUUUGCCAUACUCGAUCCACGGUACUAAGAGUGUCCCUUUUAUCAAAACCAACGAUAUGACAAAGAUGGAAGAAGGUGACGUCUUUGCUAUUGAAACCUUUGGUAGUACCGGUAGCGGCCGAUAUAUUGAGGGAGGCGAGGUCUCACACUACGCUCUACGCCGUGAUGUGGCAAAGACAGACCUAACUUUGUCUUCGGCUAGGUCAGUCUUGGGAGCUGUUAAGAAGAACUUUAGCACGAUCCCCUUCUGCCGACGUUAUUUAGAUAGGAUCGGGCAAGAGAAGUAUCUCCUCGGUCUUAACCAUCUUGUGAAAGCCGGUAUUAUUGAAGAUUAUCCCCCUCUAAAUGAGAAGCAAGGGACCUAUACGGCCCAAUUCGAGCACACCAUCUUACUUCGACCAAACGUGAAAGAGGUUAUCAGCCGCGGAGACGACUUCUGA